GAAACAAUUGCCGUUUUCUAGAAGAGCGAUGACCUGCCAGUACCGUGUCAUAUUUGUAUUCCUCUGUGGAGUUACUGCAUUCUCUGUCUCAACAAGGACAUGUGGAAAAGAGCUAAUAGAGGGAACGCCCUGCACCAUCAAACUGAAAACAAGAAACAAUGAAAUACCUACAGAGAUCAAAUGGUUACAUCUCUCUAGUGAUGCUUUCAUUGAAAAGAAAAGAGGGAGGAUCAAGAAUAAUAAUAUAGAUGGGGAAAUAGGCAAAGAUGGAUCAUUAACAUUUAAAAGUGUUAGUCUGAAGGACACCGGCAAAUAUAAAUACAGUGCUUUUAAUAAUGAUGGUACAGAGAUUGGUGCUGGAGAAGAGGAAAUUAAAGUUUAUGCAAAGGCUCCUAAACCUACUGUGAAGGACAACUGCAAAAAUGGGGACGCUAUACUCACCUGUGACACUGGAAACCGUACAAAUCUGACUGUAUCCUGGUAUAAAGAAGACAAAAUCAUCCAGAAUGAAAAAACCCCUCAAAUGUUCUUGACAUCUGCUCAAGUACAGGAGAAUAAACCGUACACAUGCAGAGUAAACAAUUCUGUCAGCAGUGAGCAAAGCGACAACAUUACAGUAUCAUGUGCCACAGGUGAAAGCUCAGGUCCUCGUGAACACUUUGGCGUUGAUUUUUGGAUCAUGGUGAGCAUUUUAGCAGGUUCAGGAGCCCUUCUGCUACUGCUAAUAUGUGUUCUCGUGUUCUCUAGCCAAUGCAAUAAUUGCCAAAAAGAUGAGAGAGGGCUCAGGCUGAGGAAUCUUCAAACUCCAGAUCCUACAACAAUGAAAACAGUUUCAAAUGACAGCCUGUGUUCAUAUUACUCUAAUCACACAUAAAUCAUCUUAUGAGUUGAGUUCAACAGAGACUUCAAAGAGUAGCAAAGUUUUUAAAACGCAGAGCUCCAGCUGGGCUUUAGAGGAUCAAUGAUGAGCACAGCUGUGUGCCCGAUGUUAGUAUCUGUCAUUCACGUACAAGUUACGAGGUGAAAAACAGUAUUUGUAUGUACAUUAUAAAACAUACAGUCUUGAUUUCCACAAAG